ACGGACCGGACGUGACGUAGAAAGAGUUCCGGCUUCGGCCUCCGCCGCUGCUACCGCUAGUACGGCCGCCACCACCGCCGCUACAUUGGGGCUUGUUAUUUCUAAAAUGGCGCCCCUAGAUUUAGACAAGUAUGUGGAGAUAGCGCGGCUAUGCAAAUACCUGCCGGAGAACGACCUGAAGCGGCUGUGUGACUAUGUUUGUGAUCUCCUCUUGGAAGAGUCAAAUGUCCAACCAGUAUCAACACCAGUAACAGUGUGUGGAGACAUACAUGGACAGUUUUAUGACCUUUGUGAACUAUUCAGAACUGGAGGCCAGGUUCCUGACACAAACUACAUAUUUAUGGGUGACUUUGUAGACAGAGGCUACUAUAGUUUGGAGACAUUCACUUACCUUCUUGCACUAAAGGCUAAAUGGCCUGAUCGUAUUACACUUUUGCGAGGAAAUCAUGAGAGUAGACAGAUAACGCAAGUAUAUGGAUUUUAUGAUGAGUGCCAAACCAAAUAUGGAAAUGCUAAUGCCUGGAGAUACUGUACCAAAGUUUUCGACAUGCUUACUGUAGCAGCUUUAAUAGAUGAGCAGAUUUUGUGUGUUCAUGGUGGUUUAUCUCCUGAUAUCAAAACACUGGAUCAAAUUCGAACCAUUGAACGGAAUCAGGAAAUUCCUCAUAAAGGAGCAUUUUGUGAUCUUGUUUGGUCAGAUCCUGAAGAUGUGGAUACUUGGGCAAUCAGUCCCCGGGGAGCAGGUUGGCUGUUUGGUGCAAAGGUCACAAAUGAGUUUGUUCAUAUCAACAACUUAAAACUCAUCUGCAGAGCUCACCAACUAGUGCACGAAGGCUAUAAAUUUAUGUUUGAUGAGAAGCUGGUAACAGUAUGGUCUGCUCCUAAUUACUGCUAUCGUUGUGGAAAUAUUGCUUCAAUCAUGGUCUUCAAAGAUGUAAAUACAAGAGAACCAAAGUUAUUCCGGGCAGUUCCAGAUUCAGAGCGUGUUAUUCCUCCCAGAACAACAACGCCGUAUUUCCUUUGAGGCCUUCGCCCAUCCUGCUGACCCAUUUUUCUGCCCUCUUCUCACCCCAUCUUCCGUGUAUUACCCUCUACAAUAUACUUUUUAUUGAGCACUUUGCUGCUGAAAUGCUGCCUCUUGCCUUUUUUUAAUUUAAAAUUAUCUAAAUUUAUUGUUUGUUAUGGUGUCUAUAGCAAUGUUUUUCUAUCAAUUUUCUCCCCCAUCCCAUCCUCACCUUGGACUCAUUUGAGAAGACUUGAGAAAUGUCUUAAUACUCAUACUGCUGCAUGUAGCUCCUGCUUAUUUACUGGUCUGGGGGAAACAAGAUGUGUUUCCUUUUUUAAAAAAGGCAAUUGACAGAACAGACUACACCGAAAUACUCCUUUUGUGUAUCAUUCAGCCUUUUGUUUUAGUUUGGUAAGUUUUAAGAAAUUUCAGCAGCAAAGUAUUCAGUGGGCACGAUGGACUGCAAAUGCCUUGAGUUAUGUAUACCUGUCCCAACUGUUCACUUCACUGUCCUUUGUUGGAUGAUAUUUUAAAUGGAUAUAAAAUAAAUUGGUCUAAAGGGCUGCCCUCCUCGUUGUGUUUUUAAAUUUUAGUUGAAAACUGCUACAGCUUCUGACUUUGUACAUUAAGAUAAUUGUAAUGCUCUUUUUUCAGAUUUCUUGUAUUUUUAAUAAAAUAAUCUUAAAACACAGAUAGGUUAAAGUGUUAAAAAUUUUAAGAAGCUUUCAUUGUUACUUUAAAGUUAUUUUUUUCUUUUCUAAUUGGAGUUCUUGACCCUUUGAUUAUUGAGUUUAAAUCUUCAACUGAAAUUCAGUACUAUUUAUUAAAAAAAAAAUCACUAAACUGUGCCUAUAAGACAUAACUGCCAUAUUACUGUUUUGGUUUAUAUCCUCUAUAGUAAUAGAGAAACACUUAAUACUUGUAAUGCUGAUGUGUUCAUUUGAUACCAAGUUAAGUAGAAUGUGAUCAAUCCAGUUUACAAUCUAUCAUGUGUGUGUGUGUGUGUAUAUAUAUAUAUAUAUACACACACAUAUAUAUAUUAAGUAAAAUCUAUGUACUUUUCAAUAAGAAAUCAUUCUCUUGUGUAACACCACUUUGACUUUUAGAAAGUGUUCAUAUUUUCAUUGCAAUUGAAAAGGUUGGAAAGGCAGGACUCUUGUAUUUGUGAACUGUAAUCUGAAGCAGUUUUUUUUUUUAAGUGUAGAAAAAAAUUCAUUUAUUUUGUAAAGGUCUGUGAUACCAUGUUUCAGCUUUGUGUAUAUAAUUUGAAUAUCCAAAGGGUUGUGAUAUCAGUUCUUCAUAUGCAACUGUCCAGUUAAUAAGGACAAGUGUUCCAGUAUUUCUUAUGACUGUGGUCGUAAGAUGUUAAAAUUGACCAUUUUCUGAAAUAGUUGGUACCCCUUUACUAUGAUGAUUAGUUCUUAUCAUUCCAGGAAACCUUUGUAAAGCCAGCCAAUUAAUACGCACUUUAGCAUCUGUUCAGGUAGUUUUGAAAACCUACUUUUCCCCUUUAGGAUAAGAACUUCCAGGUUACCUAAAAAUGCAAUAAAAACCUUUAUAGUCUAA